UGCAUGCAGACUGCGUCUGUGGAGGAACUCCUGGCUCAUUGUUGCUCCAGUGAAAGUCUCUGCUAAACAGCCAUGCGGUCCAUCGCAGCAGCGUUUCUGAUCUCUCUCCACUGUGUUGGGUUUAUGGGAUGUGAACCCUCGUCGUCCUGUCUGAGUGGACAGUUUAUGCUGAAGAACCAGUGCGUCCUCUGCCAUCCCACCUGCUCUGAGUGCGAUGGGUACGAGCUGUUUCAAUGCACCACCUGUGGAGUUGAUGAAGAUGGACAGGAACGUUUCCUUCACCAAGGUCGUUGUCGGACACACUGCCCCCGGGGACUCUAUCCUGACAGGGGUCACUAUGCCUGUCUGCCCUGCAUAGCCAAUUGUGAACUCUGCACAGAUGGUAACAUAUGUGCGAAAUGUCGGGAACAUUACAAACUCCAAAAUGGAGUCUGCCAAACUGAAUCCUGUGUCAUAGGGCAGGUGCAGGACCCGGAUACAGGAGAGUGCAUCGACUGUGAGUUGGGCUGCAAAGCAUGUUCAACAGAGGACCCUGAGAUUUGCAACAGCUGUGUGGAAGGUUACUUUCUUUUCAGACACCAGUGUCGCAGGCAUUGCCCCCAGAGCACCUAUGAAGACUGGGGGAGGGGAUUGUGUUUGCCCUGUCCAGCACCAUGCACAGAUUGCAGGAGUAACACACGCUGUCUUGCCUGCCAGCCUGGUUAUUUCCUCAAUGGAGGUGAUUGUAUAAAACAGUGCCCCCAGCAAACCUUCAGUGACUCCAGUGGUUGGCUCUGCCAGUCUUGCCACAGCUCCUGCCAGACAUGCCAUGGACCUCGGUCCACCAACUGUGACCUGUGUCUUGGCGGGAAACCUCCUCUGCAUGGGCAGUGCCCUCUGGCUAACUGCCCAUUGGGACAGUACUUUGACGGGAAAUACAGUGAAUGCCAUGCGUGUGAUGCAUCCUGUAAGACCUGUUUUGGCCCACAAGCCCUGGAUUGUUCUUCUUGUUUCAAAGGAUAUUUGUUGGGUCAGGACAGUUCUUGCGUAGUGCAAUGUCCAUCUGGCUCCUACGCAAACUCUGCCACUCAGUUGUGUGAGGACUGCUCGCCAAGCUGCGAGGCCUGCGUGGACACCAGUGAUAACUGCAUCAGCUGCUCUAAAGGCAGCUAUAAACUUUUUCUCCACCAGGGGAGGUGCUGGUCAAAUUGCCCAGAAGGUUUCUUUGAGACAGCAGAGGGAUCAUGUGAAGCCUGUGAUAGCUCCUGUUUGUCAUGUGAUGGAACCAAGACCCAGUGUCUAUCCUGUCCUGAUGGCCACUACUUGGAGAGUGGUAUGUGUAGACUCAACUGUUCACUGCGGACAUAUCCUGCAGAUGAUGGUACUUGCAGACGCUGUUCUCCCCACUGUGACGUUUGCUCAGAUGACAGGACCUGUUUCAAAUGCAGUUUCCUUUACCUGAUGCUGAAUGGUGUGUGUAAGGCAAGUUGUCCCAUGGGCUAUUAUGAGGACAUGGAGGAGGGCCGCUGUGGUCAGUGCCACCCGACAUGUGGCAGCUGUUCAGGGCCCCUGGCAGAUGAUUGUGAGACCUGCACGACGUUUAGCCCCAAACUCUAUAAGGGUACAUGCUCCAAAGACUGCCCCACUGGUACCUACUAUGAAACUGAAGCUCUGGAAUGUCAAGAGUGCCACCAGACCUGCAUGAGCUGCUCCGGCUCAGACGCAAACCAGUGUACCCAGUGUGAGAAGGGACUUGUGCUGGAUCCAAACACAUUGUUGUGUGGCGUGACAGGUGACACUGACUGCCCACCAAGGACUUACCUACACGAUGACCAGUUCACCUGCGUGGGCUGCCAUCAGCACUGUUACUCUUGUGAGGGGCCGGGCCACGAUGAAUGCCAGACCUGUGCCGUCCCCAAAUACCUUCAUAACAGGACUUGUGUGAGUGAGUGUCCGGCUGGUACAUACGACACAAAGCAGGAUGCUGACGGAACAGAGCUGGGACUCUGUUUGCCUUGUUAUAACGCCUGCUCAACCUGCUCUGGAGCAUCCCCUAAAGAUUGUCUCACUUGCUCUGCAGGAUACCUGCGUCUCCUUCAACUCUGUGUCACCCAUUGUCCCACAAGGUAUUACAGAGAGGGCUCCCGUUGUGAGAAAUGUGACCAGUCCUGUGAGCAAUGUACAGGACCAGGUCCUGAGUCCUGCAGGGCCUGUUCACCUCCUCUUCUGGAGCUGCAAGGCACCAAGCUUUGUGUUGAGCACUGCCCACACCGCUUCUAUCAACUUAACUACAUCUGCAAACAGUGCCACACUAGCUGUCAGACCUGCACAGAUGCCUUGCCCCAGAGAUGUCUGACGUGCGACUGGGGCAGCACUUUAAAGGACAAAGUCUGCUAUCCACAUUGUGAGGAGGGGCGGUACUUUUCUGAAAAGGAAACCUGUGAGCCAUGCGACGGCUCCUGUAGGCAUUGCACCGGCCCCAGACCCGACCAGUGUCUGACUUGUCACCAGGAUUCUGCUCUUCAUGCUGUGGAGAACCGCUGUGCCCGCUGCUGUCAGGCUGGAGAGAAUGACACAGAUUGCUGUGUUUGUGACAGCCGCUCAGCUCUGUGUGUGGAGGCCCCCAAACCCAAGUCAGGAGAGGAUCAGGUAACAGACCUGAAUGUGUCUUCUAGAGCUCUGAAGCACACCUCAGCUGGCCUUCCUAUUGCCCUGCUGCUAGCACUGGGGUUGGCUCUGGCUGUGUUUGCCUUAGUCAAGGCCCAUGCCAGGAAGAGGCUUUGCUGGGGCCAAAGCUAUGAGAGACUGAGUGGCAGCGCCAGCAUCAAUAUGCCCCACGGUGUUCCUGAGCCGGACAGUGGAGACGAGGUAGAUGUGGUGUACACCAGUAGAGGUGGAUCAGUAUAUCGACGUUACAGCUUUAUCCAUGAGCAGGACACAGAUGCAGACCAGGAAGUGGAUGAGAGCACUUGUCUCAAUCAAUCUUAGAUACAUUGGUACCAGAUAUUUAAGUGUCUGAGGAGAAGGUGAAUUCAAAAUAGUUUGGUCAAUCUUUAGAAGAGAAUGUAGUAGUAUUUUGCUUUUGUAUGUUGCUUUUUGAUAUCUUGUGUUUAUUCUACUCUACAAAGUGACUGUACCUGUAUAAUGCACAUUCUAAGUAGAGGCAUUUGUGAGUAAACAUUGAAAAAAAUGUGUAUAUGUAUUAAAAUGGUAAACUUCUGUCAGCCUAUCCUAGAGGAAGAGCUCUCUUACCUUAAGGAGACCAAGUAGGAACCCUCAGAGAUUAGCAAAGCCGAACUUUGGUUUGAAUGUACAAUACAAUCUACUUUUAUUUCUUUUUUACAAUAAUAUAAAGUUUACAAGUAAUAACAUUGAAUAGUAAAAGGAUUAAAAACGCCCUCCAUAGGACUAGGAAAAAAUGUAAAUAAGCAAAAUGCCAAAACUCCAAAAAGGUCAGAGAGCUUAAAAAACAACAACAAAUAUCUUGAUCCUUUGUUGUUUUCCCAUAUUUAUACAUUUUUACUUCAGCAUCUCUCAUCUCCAGAUCCAUAUAUGGUCAACAGCUAAAAGAUUAACAAAUCACUGGAUUACAGUGUUUUCAUCAUUUUCCUUAAGAUUACAUUCAAUGGGUAGCCCUCCUUUGAAGGCUCCUGCCUGGCCUUCAUUGGUGAAGCAUCUCAACCGGAUGUCUCUUAAAAGGUCGCAGUAUGUACAACUUCCAACCUAUGACAAUAAUCAGGACAGGGUAAGUAAAACGAACAAAUACUUUAUUAACUUUACCUUUCACUGAAUAUGAAGGCACAUAAGAUAACUAAUUAAAAAUACUAAUUAUGACUCAGGUUCCUAACACUCACUAUUUGUCUCUAUGAUUAAAGGUUACAAUUGGGGGUUACAAAAAGUGUGGGACAGUUAUUAAGGUCAGACAUUUGUAUUUGUGUAUGUUGUAAAAACCACAGAACCCAUGUGGGCUCGUGCUUCAAGCCGGCUCCAAUCUCGCAAUGCUGAACUGUUUCCAAGUUUUUUUGUUUAAUUUACAUUGUUUAGUCAAUAGACAGCGAAAUACAUAGAGAGAUAUAUUUGGAUAGGCUGUGUUUCU